GUGGUUGUUGGUGGGCGGUGGGCGUGGAACUCAAAGACACAGGGCAAAAUUUUACAUAGAUUUUGUUUGUUUCCAUCAGAUUUUGAAGGUUGCUGGAUAAAAUGGUUAUUUGAAGUCAGCGAAAAUAUUUUUUACUUCAUAUAUAUUGAGAGAACUCACAGAUAAAAUAACCAUGAACGUUUUACAAGCGGUCCGUUUGUACAUCGCAAAGAUGUGCGAGGAGUCUGGUCCAGGCAUGAAGUUACUCUUGAUGGACAAAGACACUACUGGCAUUGUGAGCAUGGCAUACAGUCAGUCAGAAAUUCUACAAAAGGAAGUUUUCCUGUUCGAGCGAAUCGACGUAGCCAGCAACCAGGAACAAAUGAAGCACCUGAAGUGCAUAGCUUUUGUGCGACCCACCAGCGAAAACGUCGCCUAUCUUGCAAAAGAACUGCAGGAGCCAAAAUACGGAGUUUAUUAUUUAUAUUUUAGUAAUAUUUUAUCAAAGGCUGAUUUGAAGAAACUGGCAGAGUCCGAUGUGAUGGAGUCUGUUCGAGAGGUGCAGGAGUUUUACGCAGACUUCAUUCCGCUGUCGCCCAGCUUGUUUUCCAUUAGUAUCAAAGGAUACGCUGAAGGUCUGCAGUGGCGUUCGUACAACCUCUUGAGGACCGCCCAAGGAAUCACAGCCCUGCUGCUCUCGCUAAAGAGAAACCCUUUCAUCAGGUUCCAAGCAAAUUCAGACCUCUGUAGGAGGCUGGCCGACAAAGUCAGAGAAAUUCUGUCCAAAGAAUCGUCCCUGUUUGAGUUCAGAAACGAAACGGAUUCGGCCACAAUUCUGCUCGUUUUGGAUCGUCGAGAUGAUGCUGUCACCCCUCUUCUUUUUCAGUGGACGUAUCAAGCCAUGGUGCAUGAAUUGCUGACCAUCACCAACAACCGGGUCAGUUUGGCAGACGUACCAGGAGUGUCCGAUGAAUUGAAGGAAGUUGUUUUGUCUGCUGAAAAUGAUGAAUUCUAUGCCCAAAACCUCUACAGCAACUUUGGUGACACAGCACAGAAAAUAAAAACUUUGAUGGACGAGUUUCAAAAAAAGGCCAAAAGCACACAGAAAGUCGAAAGCAUUUCUGACAUGAAAGCGUUUGUAGAAAACUACCCCCAGUUUAAAAAAAUGUCAGGCACUGUAGCCAAACACGUAACAGUUGUUGGAGAACUAUCCUCAAAAGUUGGAAAGCACCGGCUGAUGAAUGUUUCCGUCGCAGAGCAGGAAAUUGCCUGCAGAAACGACCAUGCCCAACAGCUCACUAGUUUGAAGCAGAUUUUGGCGGACAGUGCGGUUCGAGACGAGGAUGCACUACGACUGGUCAUGUUGUACGCUCUCAAGUACGAAAAGCAGAGCAACAAUGCUCUUGUUAAUUUAAUGGACGCUUUGAAAAAGCGAGGAAUUGACGAGCAGAGGUGCAAGAUGGUUUACAGCAUGCUGGAGUACGGAGGGCAACAUGCAAGGCAAUGUGACCUUUUUGGCACCCAGGUUGACGUCACAGAUGUCAACAAUGUUAAAAAUAUAGUCACUAAAAAGCUGAAGGGUCUGAAAGGGGUAGAUAAUGUUUUCACUCAGCACAGCCCUCUCUUGAAAGAUACCCUUGAAGAGCUGAUUAAGGGAAGACUUAAAGAUAAUCUAUUCCCUUAUCUUGGCAGCAGCACAAUGCGGAAGCCUCAGAAUGUGAUAGUUUUUGUGGUUGGCGGUGCAACUUAUGAAGAGGCGUACAUUGUCAAUCAAAUGAACAAAGACUUUCCUGGAGUGCGUAUUAUUUUGGGCGGCACCACAAUUCUGAAUUCGUCUGCUUUUAUUGAAGAGGUGCAAAUCGCCACCCAAGGCAUCCCGAGCAGACGAAAUCGCUCCAGAUUCAAAUAGUUUUCAUCUCCUUUACAAAAUAUAAUUCAAAUAAUGUCUGUGUCUAAUGUGAUAAACAAUUAUAUAAUUAUGCUCCCAUGAUAAAUAAAUAAAUUGCAUCACUUAAAUUAAAAACAACCAU